AUGUGCGACACUUGGACCAAGGGUCGCAAUGUGAUCAUUGAGCAGGCGUACGGUGGACCAAAAAUCACUAAGGUAGACGGUGUGACGGUUGCAAAGUCUAUAACUCUCAAAGACAAGUUUGAGAACCUGGGCGCUCGCCUGAUUCAAGAUGUUGCAUUGAAAACAAACGAGAUUGCUGGAGACGGCACGACAACCGCCACUGUUCUUGCGCGUGCCAUCUACUCAGAAGGUGUCAAGAACGUUGCAGCUGGAUGCAACUCCAUGGACCUGCGCCGUGGGUCUCAGGCCGCCGUCGACCGCGUUGUCUCUUUCCUCUCUGCACACGCCAAAACUAUCAUGACAACCGCCGAAAUCGCACAGAAGGUCGGAAAGGAGGGUGUGAUCACUGUGAAGGAGGGAAAGACAAUUGAGGACGAAAUUGAGAUCACCGAGGGUAUGCGCUUCGACCGUGGUUACAUCUCACCCUACUUCAUCACCAACACCAAGUCCCAACGCGUCGAGUUCAAGAAGCCCUUCAUCCUGCUUUCUGAGAAGAGUUCUCGCCAACGCACACUUACAAGACUGCGCAGCCGCAUUUGCCACCAGUCUCCUGCACACUCUCGGCGCGCGCCUCCAGAUGCCCUCCCCAACCGUCUUCUUACUCCUCAAGUGUUUACCUUUUUCAUUUUUAUAAUCGUCUGA